AUGGGGAAAGAUUUGAAGAAUUUGGUUAGAUGCAUCUACACUGGGAAGCUCAACGAUAAUGUGAGGAAGCUAAAGAUCGCAACUGAAGAACUCAAAGAUAUUGGGAACAACGUGAUGAAAAGGGUCAAAGUUUGCGAAGAGCAGCAGCAACAGAUGAAGCGGCUAGACAAUGUCCAAUCAUGGCUUAGACAAGCCGACACUGUUAUUAAAGAAGCAGAAGACUUGUUCUUGAUGUCUUCUUCUUCGAGCCAAGGGUUAUUAUCUUCAAGCCACAAGAUGGAGAAGAAGAUUUGCAAGAAGCUGAAAGAGGUUGAAGAGAUUAAGAGCAGAGGAAUGUUUGAGGUUGUUGCUGAAAACGUUGGAGGAGGAAGCGGCUCCACGGUUAAGACUAAUGAUGAGGAGACCGUAGGGUUAGAGGCGGUUUCUGGUUUGGUUUGGAGGUGUUUGACGAUGGAGAACACUGGAGUUAUUGGAUUGUAUGGUGUGGAAGGAGUUGGAAAGACAACGGUUUUAACUCAGGUUAAUAAUAGGUUGCUUCAGCAGAAAGCAAAUGGGUUUGAUUUUGUUCUGUGGGUGUUUGUGUCUAAGAAUCUGAAUCUUGAAAAGAUUCAAGACACGAUUAGGGAGAAGAUUGGUUUUUUGGAUAGGACGUGGACGAUUCUCAAGUUACUGGACAGGAACUAA